AUGGGUCGCGAAGAUCAGGUCGAGGAGCGCGAAGUGCUCGAAUCCAUUUUCCCCGAAGAAAUCACAGACAUCUCCGAGACCGAAUUCCGAAUAAACAUCGUCCUCGACGUCCCCGGCGAAGAAUCCCCCGAAGAAGAAGACAAUGAACCCCCCAGCUUCCUGCUCUCCGUCCGCUACCCAGACGAAUACCCCGACGUCGCGCCUCACCUCGACAUCAUCGCUCCCCCCAACGCCCCCUCACACCCUCACUUCAACGUCGGCGACGACCGCGACCAGCUGCUCGCCAACCUCGACGACACCAUCCAGGAGAACCUCGGCAUGGCCAUGAUCUUCACCCUCUACUCCACCCUCAAGGAGGCCGCCGAGCAGCUCAUCCAGGACCGCCGCGACGCAGAGGCAAAGGUCGCCGAGGAGGCCGCCCUCGCCGCCGAGCGCGAGGAGAACAAGAAGUUCCACGGCACGGCCGUCACGCCCGAGACGUUCCUCAAGUGGCGCGAGGGCUUCCUGCGCGAGAUGGAGGAGCAGCGCCUGCGCGAGGAGGAGGAGAGGCUGGCGGAGCUGAAGAAGGCCAAGAUCAAGGAGCCGACCAAGCUGACGGGGCGGCAGCUCUGGGAGAGGGGUCUGGCGGGCAAGGUUGAGGAGGAUGAUGUUGCUGAUGAGGAGGAUGGGCUGGCUGAUGGCGUUGAGCAGCUCAAGGUGGAGGCUGUUUAA